UCGACCAGACAGAAAUCAGCCAAAAUGUUCAAGUUUGUGAUGAUCCUUGCCGUCGUGGGAGUGGCUACCGCCCUGGCCCCAGUUUCGCGCUCCGAUGAUGUCCACGCCGAUGUCGUCUCCCGAUCGGACGAUGUUCGUGCCGAUGGUUUCGACGCCAGUCUGCACACCUCCAACGGCAUCGAGCAGGCCGCCAGCGGCGAUGUCCAUGGCAACAUUCACGGCAACUUCGGCUGGAUCUCCCCCGAGGGCGAGCACGUGGACAUCAAGUACGUGGCCGAUGAGAACGGAUACCAGCCCUCGGGAGCCUGGAUCCCCACUCCUCCUCCAAUCCCAGAGGCCAUUGUCCGCGCUCUCGCCUGGCUGCAGUCCCACCCCCCAGCCCCCGAGCAUCCCCGUCAUCACUAA